CAGGUAGGCGUCGGCAGAAUGGAGCGAAGUCGACGUUUCGAGUCAGUCGCUUCAAAGAGCUCGAUUCGUGCGGACAUCGGAAGAGAUAUAGCGUGGUCUAUGGCACGUAAUUAACGAAGAAGAGAGUUAAGAAGAGUCAACGUCGCGUCGAAGGUGAACACGCAGUUAAAGCCAAAAAAGAAACGCAACUGUGGCCAAUUGUGAUACGAAAACUAAGCAAAUCGGCCUGACAAUCAACAAAAACAAGAAAAGCAAAGCCUACACACAGGCGUAGGCGUCUGGCCAACAGCUGUUUUUCGUGCGCGCUCCGUAUUCAGCAAACUCGCUGCGCUUACAAACGUCGGCAGAGACAGCGGCAGAGAAGCAAGCGGCGGCAGCAAAACUACAAAACAGAAACUACAAUUCAGAUCGCGUUUUUCUUCGGAGUGGAUGAGACGUUCGUUCGGCAGUUCUAUUGCGCAUAGAACUAACAAGUUACCUACUCCGCGAACUCACCCCCGCGAGAAAAGAACAGAACAGAACAUAACCGAAUGAAAAGAAGACAAGGAGUAGCUAAGAAGCAACGGUUAAGUUAGCCAGCGAAAACGGGCAAAAAGACUGAAAACACACGUGGAUUGUUCACUCACCCCGACACGCGCACCCACUCGCACUCACACUCACCCAGCAGCUCCAACUGUUCGCUGCAUUUAUGUAAAACCAAACAAAGACUGAUUAAAACGCUAAUAAAUAUACAAUAAACGUAACGAAACAAAGUUAAACACGCGAACAGCAGCUAAUAUUAUACGGGUUAAAGCGAAUUCCAAAGCAAAGCAAACACACAUAUGGAUUAAGGUUCCUCCUAUCUCAAAACACAAAAACAAAAACAAAAGCAACAACCAACUCACGGAUUACCUGCAGCGGCAAAUUUACCGUUAGCCGCUCUUUUUGGAUUACCAGUGCCAAUAAAACCACAAAAGUGAAUUUUUUCGAAAGUGAAGAAAGCGAAAAACGCCCGCAAAAUGCUAAAAAUCUAAAUCAAAGUAAAUAAGCAAACCAAAAGCGAAUUCUGUGUUACCGAAACGAGAGCAAAAGCUAAAAGAGCCCCUGAAAACAGCAAUGACGAUGGCCGCCUGUUAUGCCAACUACGACAUGUCGUCCCUGUCGCACGGCAUGUCGGCCCUGUCCGCCCUGCAGCAGCAACAGCAGCAGCAGCAGCAACAGCAGCAGCACAGCCAGACGCAGCAGCAGCAUCACCACCAGCAGCAGCAGCAACACAUGUACCACGCCGCCGUGGCUGCCCACCAGCAGCAGUUGCUCCAACAGCAGCAGCAGCAGCAACACCACCGCCAUCACCACCAGCCCGCCAACACCAGCAGCAGCAGCAACUCGCGCCACAGCCAUGCGGCGGCGACCCAAACGCAGGUCGCCGCCGCCGUUGCCAACAGCAGACAACAACAACAACAGCAACAACAGCAGCAGCAGCAACAGACUGCCAGCAGCAACAGCAACGCAGCGCCCGCUCCAUCGCCGCAGAAGGACUACAGCAUCCCGCUGCACGUGGACUGCAGCGUGGAGUACGAGCUGCCCAACCAGCCCAAGCCGCCGGCGGGCCAGAGGGUGGAGCCCCUGCUGAUGAUCCACCCGUGCUACUUCCGCAAGAUGGAGUCGCAGCGGCGCAGCCCGUUCGUGAACAACAUGCAUGCGACCGCGCGGGCGGUGAGCAGCAGUUCGCUGAGCAGCGGAGCGGCCCUGGGCGGAGGCGGAAGCGGUGCGGCGGUGGCCACGGCGCCCAGCAGUAGUGCCGCGCGACGUGGAGCCCGGGCGGCCACGAGUGCCCAGCAGCAGCAACAACAGCAGCAACGCUACCAACAGCAACAGCAGCAACUGCGGCAGCAACACCAGCAAAUGUCGCAGAUGUCGCAGCAGGCCCACUAUCCGCAGCAACAGUCUAGUCUGGUCCGCCAGCAGCAGCAGCAGCACCAGCAGCAGCAGCAGCAACAGCAGCAGCAGCAGCAACGUGCCAGCAGCAACCAAAGCCAACGCCAAAGCCAAAGUCAGAGCCAGAGCCAUGCAGCCAACUCAGCGGCAGCAGCUGCGGCACAGGCCUCGAUAGCCGCCGCAGCCGCCGGCCAGUGGGAUCAGCUGGCUGCGCUGGCCGCCCGCACCGCCCUCACGCCCCACCACAUGCUGCAUCCCCACAGCCACUAUGCGGCCAAGGGCAGUGGCGGCGGGGCAGGGGGCGGCAAGCGGGACGCCAUGAUCUCCGGCAGCUACGGACAGACGGCGGUCGCCUCGGGGAAGCUGCAGCAGUCGCAGGUGCAACAGCAGCAGCCACAGCAGCAACAGCAACACUGCCUGCCUCCGCCGCCGUGGGACGCGACGUCCAUGCUGAUGGACCGCUCGCCGAUGGCCACAGUUCCUAGCAAUUAUCAGGCCGGCCCUGACACCAAUCCCAUGCGCCUCUACUCGGCCACGCCCACCGCCGGAGCGGCCACGGGCGGGUCGGCGUCGGUGGGCGGAGGCGGGGCGGUGAGCGGUGCGGGGGCGACGGGAGCAGUGAACACGGCCACCGACAAGCUGAGCGGAAAGUACCGCCAGUACUUGCGGUCUCAGCGGAUGCACCCGUACGCGGCGGCCGCCUCGCUCAACUUGGCAGCCGCCGCCGCUGCUGCCGGCCAGACCUCGUUUGUGCCGUUCAGUUCGGCGGCCACGGCGGUGGCGGCCACGCCCACAUUCCAGCACCUGCCGCAGAUCUCCUGCUACAACGUGUGAUGCAGCACCAGCAGCAGCAGCAGCAACCAGGACAACGGCAACAUCAGCAGCAGCAACAGCAACAGCAGCAGCAAAAGCAACUUGCAACACAUGAGACAGGCGCCUACCAAGUACGCGUCGAUGAAAUAGCCGCCUCAAGGAAUAACCAAUAGAUCCUCCCCUAAACAGUACUAUAUAUACACACCCCUCAAAGCUUUUAGAAUCAAAAGUAAUUAACUCUAAAAAUAUUAAGA